AUGCACUUCUUCAAGAAGAAACAAGUUUCCACUGUGCCGACAGUGGUCGUCACUGACACAAUACAACAAGAACUUGCUUCGCGUCCUGUUUCUGCACAGAGUAAAGUAUUAGUUGAAACAACCGUUGUUCCGGUGAAGAGAAGUUUCUGUCAACAAUGUUGUUCGAAAGAAAAUCUGAAAGAACAAGCUUUGUUAAUCGCAACGGUCACUGCUGUCGUACUUGGUAUCGUUGUUGGUAUUUCGCUGCGAGGUUUGAAAUGUCCCGGAGACGAACGAGUGAAUGGUUGUCGAAUCACUAAAGAAGAUAUUUCCUAUAUCGAAUUUCCUGGCAAAAUCUUUAUUGAUAUUCUUAAGAUGCUUAUCCUACCGCUGAUCGUGUCCAGUAUUAUCUCAGCUUUAGCUCAACUUGAUGCACAAUCAUCGGGGAAAAUGGGCGCUCGUGCUUUAGUAUAUUACCUGGGAACAACAUUGAUUGCUUCUAUAAUUGGUAUUAUUCUUGUAUUGAGCAUUCGACCGGGAACACGUGGAGCAACAGUGGACAUCAAACCUGAUGCAAAAUCAACUGAAGGACGAACUAUUGAUACUGUUUUGGAUUUGUUUAGAAAUCUUUUCCCGGAUAAUAUCAUGGAAGCGACAUUUCGUUCAUAUGCAACAAGUUUGACAAAGAACGUUACUUCAGUUGUCUUACCUGAUGGAACAACAUACAACAAAACAACUCUCAUUCCGAAAGUGGAAAAAAGGGAUGGCAUUAAUGUACUUGGUCUACUUCUCUUCUGUAUCAUAUUUGGUAUCAUUAUUAGCCGUCUGAAAAAGAAAACACUCAUAUUGAAACAAUUCUUUGAAGCACUACUCGAAGUUGUUAUGCAACUUGUACGUAUUGCAAUGUUGUAUGGUCCCAUCGGUAUCUUCUUUCUUAUUGCCGCCAAAAUGCUCGAAAUGGAUAACCUUGCUGAUUUCGUCGGUUCAUUGGGUCUCUAUAUGGUGACCGUCUUAGCUGGUUUAUUUAUACACGGUCUCAUCAUAUUGCCACUUCUAUUGUUCAUCAUAACACGAAUAAAUAGUUUCAAAUACAUACGUGGUAUGAGUCAAGCAUUAGUUACUGCUUUUGGAACAGCUAGUUCAUCAGCAACCUUGCCAGUGACUUAUCAAUGUGUUGAACUGAAAAAUCAUAUUGAUCCGCGUGUUUCGCGAUUUGUCUUACCACUCGGCGCAACAGUCAACAUGGACGGAACAGCAUUGUAUGAAGCAGUAGCAGCUAUCUAUAUUGCACAAUUGAAGGGUAUUCCAUUGAACGCGGUUAAGAUCAUUGUGACAAGUUUGACAUCAACGUUAGCAUCGGUUGGUGCGGCCAGUAUUCCUCAAGCAGGUCUUGUUACUAUGGUUAUUGUUCUCAAUGCGUUGGGUUUGCCUUCCGAUGAAGUUAAAACAAUCUAUGCAGUUGAUUGGCUUCUUGAUCGAUUCCGUACGACUAUUAAUGUCUUUGGUGAUUCCAUUGGCUGUGCGAUUGUACAACAUCUCUCACGUAAAGAACUUGCUGCACUUGACGAAAAGAAUGCGGCUGAAGAAAAUAAUAAAUCCGAUGCUGUUCUUCCUGCCUUCGUUGCUGAUACUACUACUACUACCGAACAAACAACUAGUUUAAUGUUGGUGUGA